AUGUCCUCAGCAUUUUCAAUCUCUUUAGGGGCGCCAGGACGCUUGAAUACUACGAAACUUUCCUCCAAGACUCUUACGAGAGAAAGACAGUUUUGUAUCUCUAAAAAGAAGAGGAGCGCUUCCGGCGCGAUUACCCCGGUUUUCGCGAAGGUUGGGGAACAGCUGCCGCCCUCCACAAUGGUCGAGCGGCAAUUACCCACGACGACGGAUGGGGACAUUGGCAUUUACGGCGCCAUUGCACCGUUUAAGAACGGGUUCGACCCGUUGGGAUUAUCGAAAAGAAAAACGUUCGAUGAUCUCAAACGAUAUCGCGAAGCUGAACUGACGCACGGACGCGUGUGCAUGCUGGCGGCGGUUGGUAUUUUGGUCGGGGAAUACGUCGAAGGGUCCUCGUUUUUGUUCGACGCAUCUAUCACCGGUCCGGCUAUAAAUCAUUUUCAACAAGUUCCGCCGCCGUUCUGGUACGCGCUCGGCGUCGUCAUCUUCAUCGGAGAAGCGACGAGAGUGCAAAAAGGAUGGGCAGAUCCGUUCACGUCCGACUUAUUCACUCUGCGAGACGAUUACGUUCCCGGUGAGAUUGGUUUUGACCCGCUCGGUCUCUGUCCCGAUGCGAGCGAUGAGCUGUAUCUCGAUUACAAAUUGAAAGAGCUCUCACACGGAAGACUCGCUAUGGUCGCUACGGCGUUCUUCGUCGCUAAAGAACUCGUCACCGGGAACAAAAUCUUCCCGCAGUUUGAUUUGUACCCCUACCAAUAA